UGGCUCAAGGCCCUUUCGGCUCAACUGUGCCCUUUUCAGCUCACCCUUGGCUCUUGGAGUUUCUAGAUUCUAGACGCUUCGUUCUAUGGAGCAGAUUGUGAUCCACAAGGAUGACAUCGCCAUGGAGGGCUUCAUGGUGAAGCAAUCCAAGCACCUCAAGGAGUGGAGACAGCGUUGGUUCGUGCUGACUUCGCAGUAUCUCUGCAGCUUCAAGGCUGAGGGCGACUACACCAAUCCCACGGAGUAUGUGCGCCUGGCGGAGUGCUCAACGGUCAGAAGUGCCGAAGACAGCACAGGGAAGGAGAACUCCUUCUGUGUGCAGACGGCACAACGUUCUUUCUGCUUGAUUGCACGAAACGCGGCAGAGAAGGAACAAUGGAUCAGCCGGAUUGGCCGGCAGAUGGUUCGAAGGGCUGUGCUCAUUGAUGAGGAUUAUGAGUGAACUGCCCAGAAGAAGUUCCAUCCAGGUUUUCGAAAGGAAAGGGCCAUCCUAUGGUUCCCAGUUCUCAAGUUCAGUACUUGUGACACUUCUGCGGUUUGACCCAGUUUCUGACCCGUCUUCGGGUCGGCCACCGCUGAAGUUCCUUUUCUGUUUGGAAGUUGCGUUGCCAAGGGGCAGCUGAACUUUCCUAUUUUGCAGACACAUCGUUCCAACGAUCAUCACUUGGAUGGCGGGAACAAAAACAUGCGC